AUGUAUAAAACAGAAAAUCCACUUAAUUGGUGGAAGUUGUAUGGUAGGAUGCUACCAAGUCAUGCUGAACAGGUACGAAAGUAUCUGGCAAUAUCUGCAUCAUCAGUUCCUUCCGAAAGAUUGUUUUCAGAUGCGGGAAACAUUAUUACUGAAAAACAAAACAG